GUCACAGCACUGCACCCGGAACAACUCAGUGCCCGCCUGGUACUCCGACUCGCUCGAUUUGCCCGACUUCUGAUACUGGACGGUUUGAGCUAUAGCGAACGCAACCCCUCGAAAGAAACAACCGCGACAGACCCGAAGUCCAAGGAUACAACCCGAGCUCAUGAGGCACGAACUAAACACAAAAUAUUAGCCGAUCGUCUCUUCGACAGUUUGCCCUUGCUUUCCGUCAGUGCUCAACUUCGAGAACGAACAAUUGAACAAUCGAAACGUUUUGAUUUCAGACCCAGAAGAAAUAGUAGUCACGUUCCCCGAGCCGUAGGCCCAGAACGACAGUGCAAGGACUCCGCCAAACCAAUUGGAUCUUGCGGAACACUGGAACCCUCAUCAGGUAUAGCGGAGCACAAAUGGUCCUCCAAUUAUGUGGAAAUUCCCGACGGUGAUUCUUCUCGCAAAUCUUCGUUGGAAGCUCUCUUAGCAAUGGAUCAUCGAGAUGGAAGUUUUGCAAACGCUUUGAAUCGGUACGUUAUUUAA